AUGCUUCACGUCACAAUCAACCAAGCCUUGCGUUCCAUCCUGCCUCUGACAACUGCGCGAGGCAUCUCCAUUGGUAGUUUGCCAGUUUUCUGCCUCCACAGCGCAUCGAAAAUCCUCAUCCGCCGUGCACAUGUCGCCCUUCACGACUGGAUGCUGCCAUUGGGCAGAAAAAUCAUUCGAACCAUUUUCCGUGGUGUACCAGAAUCGGUUGUGGGGAGAUUCUUUAAUACAGCGCUCGUCACCGCCGCGAGAGAGAUGGGAACGACAUGCGUCUGCGAGCCCGCAAAUUGA